AUUUAACAAAACACAGUCACCCCAACCUUUCAUAAAAAAGAAAAGUAGAAAAAAGAUUCGGGAUAAAAAAAUAUUUAGAGUCUAGAUUGAAAAAAAAAUAGGUAGAUCUAGAUCUAUCAACUAAUCUAGAAAUCUAUCAUAAUCUGUGUCAGUCUGUGUCACAAGUCACAGUUGACGAGUUGAGUGUGAUCAUGAUUGAAUAUCAUUGACUAUUGUAACCAUGCCGAUUUCUGAACAUGAAGAGAAGAUGAUAAACUUGCGAACGCAAGUUCAACAAAAUCAGCUUGAACUCCAUGACUAUCUUUCUGAUUUAAAAAGUUGGGAGAAAGAUAUAAAGAAAAAAGAAAAUGUUCUUAAAUCUGAAGGAAAGAAUACACAUGAAACAGUCCAGAGUGAACUUCCCCCGAUCAGAAAUACUAUCCAUAAGAAGAAGCUGAAAAGAAUAAAAAAAGAAAAACCUGCUGAUCAAAAGAAGCCUAAAAAGAUUAGUGGCUUUGAUUUUCGAGCUUGGGAUAAGUUUGAUGUUGAGAAAGCAUUAGAAGAAAUAGAUCAAAAUGAUAGUCAGAAAGACACAUCCUCUUCAGAAUAUGAAACUGAUGAAGAAUGGGAGAUGGAAAGAAAGAAAUAUUUGGCAGGUGUGGAGAAAGAUAAGGGCAAUGAUCUUCUCAAACAAGGGGAAUUAGAAAAAGCUGUAGAAGCCUACACCAAGGGCAUGCAGUAUGAUCCAACCAAUGCUAUUAUACCAGCCAAUAGAGCCAUGGCCCUCCUUAAACAGCAAAAAUUUGCAGCAGCUGAAUUGGACUGUACUUUAUCCCUCACACUUGAUCCAUUGUAUGUCAAGGCUUACCUGAGGCGUGCAACAUCAAGGUCAAGUGUUGGUAAACUGACAGAAGCUAUUGAAGACUUUAAGCGUGUACUGGACCUUGAGCCAACUAAUAAACAAGCCAAAACAGAACUGGAACAUCUACUUAAGGAAGUAGACAGAGAAAAGAAAGAGACAGUCUUGUCCAGCCUGACAGAAGGAAAGAAAGGGCUUGUUAAACCAAUUUAUAAGCCUCCUGAAGAAAGAUCUAAGUUACCCUUGAGGACUGUGCCAAUAAAUGAGAUUAGUCUGAAACAAAAUAAGCCACUAGAAUCUCCCUCUCAAAGCCAAAGUGAGAUGGCAAAGUCCUUAACUGCAAAAGAAGGCAAAGAGUUUGAUAAGUUUGUAAAUACAGCUUUGAUAAAGCCUAUGACUGCUAAGUCAACUGAAGAACAAGAAGACAUUUCAAGAACCCAAGUGUCAAGCACUACAGACACUCACAUGGAAGAGGAAAGUCCAUUUAAAGUUUCAAGUGAUGCUGAGUGUCAUCAACUCUCUACAAAAAUUGUUACACAGAAUGAUAAUAAAAUCUCAAAGUCCAAAGUGGAGCUCGGGUGUGGAGAUUCGUUGACAGUUCCAACAACAUCAUUUCAGUUUCAAAGUGACUUCAAGUUAUUGAAAAACAAGCCAGAAUCAUUUUUCCAGUAUUUUCAGGCCAUACCUCCUGCCAAAUAUUCUCAAUUGUUUGGACAAUGUCUCGAUGCUGACAUACUAACAACUAUCCUCUCCACUUUAAAAGUGUACCACAAAAGCCUUACAUUGAACCUUUAUGAUGUGAUGUUGAACCUGACACUUGUGAAAAGAUUUUCUAUGACUGCUAUGUUUCUUUCUCAGAAAGAAAAACAAGUGAUCCUGGAUUUGAUUCAGCUUUUGGAAGAAGAACCAAGUGUAUCACCAGAUCAACUCAAAACUUUGAGAAAAAAAUAUGAAUUGUGAUAGCGUUGCUUAAAUUUACAAAUUCUAAUUAAUCUAAAUAUAUGUGAGAUGGUUGAAAUAAAUAUCUCAAAAAUUUGAGUAUCAAAAAUUUGAGUAUUGAAAUCAG